UCCCUUACACCUCUCUAUUUAUAGUCACCCCCCUCUCACUCGUCUUCUUCCUUCUUAGCACGCCCGCAAAUUUUGUCCCCCCAUUCUCUCGUCUACUUAAUCAUUAAUCAAAUCCAACUGUUUUCUUUUUAUUUUAAAUUAAUUUAUUUUUUUUUUUACCUUCUACGCUGGAUUCGAAAGAGGGGGUGAGAAUAUCGGCGAGGAUGCGGUGCGGCGGCGACGUCGACGUCGACGGCGACGGCGAUGUAUUCCCGUCGACGCCGGGGAAGCUGAAGACGUGGUCAGGGGGAUCGUCGGCGAUCAGUCGCCACCACGUCGGCGUCGUGCACCGCUGCUUCGCGUCGACGAGCACGCUGUUCUUGUGGGCCCUACUCCUCGUCGCCCUCACCGCGUCCUACCUCAGCUUCGCGGGCCUCGUCGACACCUCCUCCCGCUACCUCCUCCUCUCCGCCUCGCGGGCCCGCGGCGGCGGCGGCGGCGGCUGGGAGCGCCGCGUCGGGGAGUCGGCCCGGCCGGGGGCCCACCGGGGGGCGCGCGGGCUCUCCGUGCUGGUGACCGGCGCCGCGGGGUUCGUCGGGUCGCACGCGGCGCUCGCCCUCCGGCGGCGCGGCGACGGCGUGGUCGGCGUCGACAACUUCAACGCCUACUACGACCCGUCCCUGAAGAGGGCCCGCGGCGCUCUCCUCGCGUCCCACGGCGUCUUCGUGGCCGAGGGCGACGUCGCCGACCCGGGGCUCCUCGCCCGGCUCUUCGGCGCCGCGCCCUUCACCCACGUCCUCCACCUCGCCGCGCAGGCCGGGGUGCGCUACGCCAUGGAGAACCCCUCCUCCUACGUGCACUCCAACGUCGCGGCCCUCGUCGCCCUCCUCGAGGCGUGCCGCGGCGCCGAGCCCCGGCCCGCGCUCGUGUGGGCGUCGUCGUCGUCCGUGUACGGGCUCAACGAGAAGGUGCCCUUCGCGGAGUCCGACCCCACGGACCGGCCCGCGUCGCUCUACGCGGCGACGAAGAAGGCCGGGGAGGCGAUCACGCACGCGUACAGCCACAUCUACGGGAUCUCCGUCACGGGGCUCCGCUUCUUCACCGUGUACGGGCCGUGGGGGCGCCCCGACAUGGCCUACUUCGCCUUCACCAGGAACAUCCUGCAGGGGAAGCCGAUCACCGUCUACAGGGGCCGGGGCGGGGUCGACCUCGCGCGGGACUUCACCUACAUCGACGACGUGGUCAGGGGCUGCCUCGCGGCGCUCGACACGGCGCGGCGGGGGGAGCGCGGCCCCGCGCAGUACCGGAUCUACAACCUGGGGAACACGGCGCCGGUGACGGUGCCGCGGCUCGUCUACCUGCUGGAGAAGCACCUCGGGGUGCGCGCGCGGCGGAGGGUGGUCGACAUGCCCGGCAACGGCGACGUCCCCUUCACCCACGCCGACGUCGCCCGCGCCCGCGCCGACCUCGGCUACCGCCCCCGCACGAACCUCGAUGCGGGCCUCAAGAAGUUCGUGAAGUGGUACCUCAGCUACUACGGCUACAGCAGCAGCAGCAGCAGCAGCAGCAGCGGCGGAAGAGUAGUAGGAGGGGGAGCGGCGGCGGCGACGACGACGACGAUGACGACGACAGAGAACAAGCAGCAGCAGCAGCAGCAGCAGCAAAAGCAGAACCGCGGCUUGCGGUAGAAGCGCUUUCUGAUUAAAUCAAUCAAUCAAUCAUUCCUAUUUUCUUUUUCUUUUUCUUUUCUUUUUUAUUUUUAAAAAAAGGAGAUUACAGGUCCUUCUCUUCUCUGCUAAAUUCCUAAAAUUAAAAAAAUAAAUAUCUUUUUAUAUAUAUAUAUAUAUAUAUAUAUAUAUAUAUAUAUAUAUAUUUUGUUAAUUGUAGCUAGGAGAGGGAAGAGGACCUUUGUGAGAAUAUUUGGGUUUUGUUGGGCAAAUUUAUUUUUUCUUUUUUUUUCCCCUCUUUGUUUUUUAUUAUUAAAAAAAUAUUAUAUCAUUGUAGAGUAAUUAGCUUUGCCACUGGAUUUUUUUUCUUUUAUUUUUUAUUAUUAUUUUUUUUUGCGGAGAUCCCUCAACUGGGGAUUAUUUCGGAGCGCGUUUUAAAACUUUAUUUAUUUAAAUUAUUUUAGCCAAUUUAAUUGGGAAAAAAAAAUUCAUUAUUAAUUAUUAAAUAGUUAGUGGAAAUGGAUAACAGGAUGGGAGAUUUAUGGGCCUGAUUGAAAACGUACUAUAGUUGGCGGGGUCCAAAUGCGAUUUUACGUAUUCCGUGGCAGCCUCGUAAAUAACGGCGAAAUGUUGGCUAGUUUCGUUGUCUCCGGACGCGAACGGGAGAUCGGCGCCAGCUGGCGCACGGAUGAUCGGGUGGGGAGGGGGGACAGCUGUAUACGGUAGAAUCGACGGUUAUGAUUUUCCCACGUGGCGGAUCAUCGUACGGUAUCCGCGGGUCCGUAUGGGGCUUUAAGCUUCGCGCAGCGUACCGACGGGGCGCGGAGAGGAUAAUGGAAUACGCCUUUUCGGUGGGUCCCCCCGACGAGAACUGUGGGCGGUUCGAUCAGGUGGGCCCCCCGGUACACGUGGAUCGCACGAUCAGGAUUUGUUUCGCACCACGCGAGGACACGGGGGCGCGUGCGCGGCUGUUGGCCUCCGUGCCGUGGCGUAAUUAAACCACGGCCGUCCGAUCGCGGCCGCGCACGAUUUUUAAAGAUUCUCCGUACGAAUGUCAAGUCGACGGUUGCGGUGGCGCCACGUGUUGCGCAGCAGCGAAGAGAAUAAAAUUAGAUUCCGCAGAGAUUAAUUGUCUAAUAAUAAAAUACAUUUAUUAUUAUUA